UAUGUGUUCAAUGAGAUUAGAAUAAUGUCUAAAAAAGAGUUAAUUUAGUUAUAAUGCAUAUAAAAUAGGAGAAAAUGAACUCAGUAUAGACUAAUAUUAACCACACCUUUUCUAAAUAAAGAGAAUGAGUUAGAGAAAAUAGGAUUAUUUGAAUGUAAAAUGAUAGAUCUACUUAUCCGAAUGUUCAGAUAGAUGUUUAAGAGAUGAAAGAAAAUAGAAUCUCUAAGAAAAUUCUGAUAAAAGUUAUUGAUAUUAUAUGAAC